AUGAAUGCUGCUGACUUGGCCCAAAUUGUCCAUCGUGAUGGAUUCGUAGUGUUGCCUAAAGAGCCGUUUCAAGUCUCCGAGUCGAUCGUAACUCUUGUCCGAACUCAAGUGCUUGAUCUGUAUGAGGAAUUUAUGACUGAAGCUGUCAACCGCCAGCUCGAUUUUCAACUUCGUGAACAUGCCGAACGUCUUCCAGGUUUCUACGUGCGUCAAGGUGGUCGAAUCGACAUGCAGUUGAGAAGUUCAGCUUUCUACACUCCAUGGAUCGAAACUGGAAAGUCUAUGGACAUGAAUCGGCUUGAGAACAUGGUUGCAACUUGGCGGUCGGUGCUCACGGAACUCUUUGCACCUGAUAAUUUCCAUCUCGAGUACAUUGGCUGUGUACUCUCACGACCAGGAGAUGUUGACCAGAAUUGGCAUUUAGAUGGCGUGCAUCGUGAUCAACAAGUCCAAGAACCUGUGGAUCGCCUUAAUGUGUUUGUGCCGCUCGUGGCCAUUACAGACCAGACUGGAGGGACCGAGAUGAAGACAAGGUCGCAUAUCCACAAUAAUGGAGCUCGUGGGACGGCUUUUGAGGGCUACAAGGACUUGCCAAGUAUAACGGCGUAUGUUGAAGCAGGGACGCCUAUUAUCAUGGACUAUCGUGUAUGGCAUCGUGGUUUGGCGAAUACAAGCGAGAGCACUGUGCGUCCUCUGCUUUACUUCAAAUACGCCAAGAUGACAGCACCUGUGGUGGUCAAGGCUCCAACGAGAAAGAGGAAGAGAAUCACGCCAAUGAUAGUUUGA